CUUCCUGUUUUGCGAGAGCGUUGCAGUGUACGUGCAACUUUACAGGUGAAAAGUUAAAAGAAGACGGAGACGAAGCACAAUGUCCAGCAGUGUGCUGUGUGGACGAGGCAGGCUUAUCCUCGCUCAGACCGCAGGAUAUCAAGCUUUCGCUGCUCUCCGUGUCAGCAAAAGCAGAACCUUCUCUGCUGCAAGCUCAGAUGAGCCGUACAUAGCUGUAUCUCCCACAGAGUCAGGCCCCAGGACUGUGUGGCCUGAUGAGAACAUGGGACCAUUCGGACCUCAGGACCAGCGCUUUCAGUUGCCGGGCAACGUUGGGUUUGACUGUCACCUGGAGGGCAUGGAGGACCAAAAGAAGACUCCAGUCCAGAGGACGGUGCCGGAUGUACUGACAGCCCCAAGCAGCACAGAGAGACAGCAGUUCAUACUAGCCCAGUUUGUUCAUGAGUUCCAGGGAAAACUGGGUCCUAUAUCCACCAGAGUCCACAAAGCUGAGCAGUACUUUAAUCAGACGGGCACAGACUGCUCCGUAAAUUCCUGCCCUGAGCUGUUAAAGAAAGAUCUUGAGCUGUUGUUCCCCUCAGCACCCACCACGUCCAUCACAGUAGUGACGGUCACGCAGAGGAGCAGCCGGGGCGAGGAGGCGGCAGAGCAGGACAGAGACCAGCUGCUCCACAGAUUUGUGAGCGGUGCGAAGGAAAUGUGCUUCUCUCUGUGGACUGCGGGCUACUGGGCGGACUUCAUUGACCCGAUGACAGGAGCAGCUUUCUUUGCGUCCCCGUCGAGUCAGACCACACUGCGAACAGAGGAGGAGCUGGGGCAUUUGGGCUUCCACAUCGAAGCGUCUGGCUCCUGCACGGUCAUCCGCCACAUCCUGAGAGGAACGCCGUUGUUCGUGGGGACUGUUUUUACUAACGCACCGGCUCACAGCGCCGCUGUCGCAAGACUACAAGGACUUUCAAAUGUAGUCGACGACGAGGAAUAGUUUUUUGUUUUGUUUUUUUUUUCUUAUUCCACUGAACUAAAUCCAAACACAAGGCCUCCAUUUAUGGCUGAAGAAGCUUGGAACUUUAUGUAUGGUAGUGUUGGUACAUGGUUGUAUCGGUCAAAGGUUGUGCAGAGUUUGUCUUACUGUAACAAGGACUCGACAGACACUCUAGCGCAGACCUGUUGAGUGCAGUGGGAAGAACUACACAUGUAAUAUUUUCAGUAGAGGGUGACAUCAUCUGUGUUUUAUGAUAUUAAAAGCAAGGAUAUGAACUGGAAAUCCUCCAAAUGGUCUCAGGCAGCUGCUAGUAGCUCAUGUCAAAGAGCCCAAUUCCAACAACACCUGAAGAUUCUGGUUAAAUGAUGUCAGAUAACUUUUGAUACAAACAUUUACAGUGUUUUUUUUUCUGUUGCACAGGACGGAAAGAAACGUGGAUCCUAUUAUCAGUUUAAGUGCUACAGUUGUGACAGAACUACUGAACAAAGUUACCACCAGGGCCUCGUUCUUCCUACGCUGAGUUAUCCAGAUUAACAUACUGACAAUCUGAGAUGACAGUUUGAUUUUCAUGAUGAGGAGUAAUCCAAAACGUCAGGACUCUGUGUAAAAUGUAAAUAAAACAGACUGUGAUCAUGUGCUCAUCCUUUUUGAAUUGUG